UACAAAGAUCAUCUCUCAUGGAAGUACAGAGAAAUACCGGGCCCCCGCAGACAAACAGCAGCAGUAUGUGUGAGUCCACGCAAAGGUCCGAGCCUCGCAGAAAGAGGACGGAUGAGCGCAGUGCGCCCUCGGAGAUGGCCAGGAUUAUCACGGAUCCUGUGACGGGGAAGUGCUACUGCCGGGGGAAAGUUUUGGGAAAGGGAGGUUUUGCAAAGUGCUAUGAGAUGACCGACCUCUCCACCAGCAAAGUUUACGCAGCCAAAAUCAUUCCACACGCGCGCGUCUCGAAACCUCACCAACGGGAGAAGAUCGACAGAGAAAUCGAGCUGCACAGAAUUCUGCACCAUAAACACAUUGUGCACUUUUAUCACUAUUUUGAGGACAAGGAGAACAUCUACAUCCUGUUGGAAUACUGCAGUAGAAAAUCCUUAGCCCACAUCCUUAAGGUUCGCAAAGUGCUGACAGAGCCAGAGGUGCGCUAUUAUCUCCGACAGAUUGUGUCUGGAUUGAGGUACCUGCACGAGCAAGAGAUCCUGCACAGAGACUUGAAACUUGGUAACUUCUUUGUGAGCGAGUCGAUGGAGCUGAAGGUCGGGGACUUUGGUCUGGCAGCCAAGUUAGAGCCAGCAGGAAACAGGAGGAAGACGAUCUGUGGAACUCCCAACUACCUGUCCCCCGAGGUGCUCAACAAGCAGGGCCACGGCUGUGAAUCAGACAUCUGGGCUUUAGGCUGUGUAAUGUACACCAUGCUGUUGGGCAGGCCUCCAUUUGAAACCACCAACCUGAAAGAGACAUACAAGUGCAUAAGAGAGGCCCGUUACUCCCUGCCCUCCUCCCUGUCACCACAAGCUAAGCAGUUAAUUGCCAGCCUGCUGGCAAAGAUCCCAGAGGACAGACCCAGCCUGGACCACAUUCUUCGGCACGACUUCUUCACACAGGGCUUCAGUCCAGAGCGUCUGCCAGCGAGCUGCUGCCAUUCAGCACCAGAUUUCCACGUCUCAAGUCCAGCCAAGAGCUUCUUCAAGAAAGCUGCUGCAGCUCUAUUUGGUGGAAAAAGAGACAAAGUCAAAUACUAUGAGACUUUGAAUAAAUUAACCAAAGAGGAAGAGGAGAUCUACAAACUGCAGCAUGACCUUGAGAGAACUGUGAUCAGCCAACAGCAAAGCAAAAGGAUUUCAGAGAAUGGAAGUCUACUUCCGCCAUCUGCUGAGAGCCCCGUCGCCCCGGCAACAGAGAGCCAGUCCCCUACGAGGCGAGACACCAUCCGCCUCAUCGUCAGGGGGAGUCUCGGGAGCUGCAGCAGCAGCAGUGAAUGCCUGGAAGAUGGCACAACAGGAAGUGUGGCUGAGACUGUUGCAAGUGUUUUGAGAGGAUGCUUGGAGAGUAUGCCUAAAGCAGACGACAUUCCUCAGGCCUCAAACAGCUGCAGCCUUCAAUGGGUGACUAAAUGGGUGGACUACUCCAACAAGUAUGGCUUUGGCUACCAGUUGUCUGAUCACACUGUGGGAGUCCUCUUCAACAAUGGCACUCACAUGAGCCUCCUGCCAGACAGAAAGACCAUCCAUUACUAUGCAGAGCUGGGUCAGCGGUCCGUCUUCCCUACCUGCGAGGUACCUGAGCACUUUGUUGGCCAGGUUACUGUGCUCAAGUACUUUUCCCACUACAUGGAGGAGAACCUAAUGGAUGGCGGGGACCUGGGUAGUAUGACAGAUGCACACAUGCCCAGACUCUACCUUCUGCAGUGGCUCAAGUCUGACCGCGCCCUCAUGAUGCUCUUUAACGAUGGCACCUUCCAGAUCAACUUUUACCAUGACCACACCAAGAUCAUCCUGUGCUGCCAGAGAGACGAGUACAUGCUGACAUACAUCAACGAGGAACGCGUCUCCAAGACCUUUAAGCUUAGUUCUCUGCUGACGUCGGGCUGCCCCAGUGACCUUCGAGAGCGCAUGGUAUACUCUCUCAACAUGCUUCUGCAGAGAUGCAGCUAAACCUACAAUAAUAUGUUUGGACUGAGUUAAAAAAAAAAAAGACUGCUGCUGCAGAGCUGCAGUGAAACCAGGACCGGUGCUGGAAGGACAAUAGAGGAUGGACCUGUGAAAAGUUAAUUAUAAUUCCGACACUGUUGCACCUUCGUGACUCAGCGGAGGUUGAGACAGACUGUGGAUGGGGAAAAUGAAAUGUAGCGAAAACUGGAUGCUAAAGGGCUGAUUUGUACGUUGAUUGUAAGAGGAGAAGAAAGACUGAGCGUGUUGGAGCAAGUAUGUUGGUACGAAUGUGUAUUUUUUAAAGGAAGGAAAAAGUGUUUGGGAAGUAAAGCAAACGCUGGGCUGGCACCAGCUUAAAUGUGUAUAGUAUAGUCAAUUCUGUUUCAUAGAGACAAUGCAGAAACUGAUGCUCUGACUGUAACCAGAGCUAAACUGUGGAGGCCUGUAAAUGAUGUACAGUGAAUGUCACAGCCCACUCAGCGGUGCAGAGAAUGACUGCUAAUGUGCGAGGAAGCUACUGGGUCCGGCUGUUUAUGCGUGUGAGUGUGUGUGAGUGGGACGGGUGUUUCAUCACAUUAACUUUUAAAAACUGUGAUUUGUUCUCUUUGCUGACAGAUGGAUUUAGUACAUUGAGAGGGCUGAUGUGAAGGGAGGAGCGGGAGGAGAGAAUGACAUUAAAAAAAACAGUACCAAGGAUCCUUUGAGGGUCAUUUAAGAGCCAUUAUCAGCUUGGUAGAAAUGUCCUACAUAACUUAUUGUGUAAAAAAAGUGCAGUAUUUAUUUAUUUAAAAAUAA